AAAUCAUUGUUUUCCAGUUACAAAGCUUGUUCCAAUAGUGGUAUCAGAGCCAAAAUCUCAAACGAGACCAGUACUCGACAACCAUGGCUGAGGAAACACCCAAAACCACAGAAUCUAUCCAGUCAAGCAAUGGCAAAACUGUGAUAACCACACCUGCUGGCACCAGGCCAUGUCCUCCAGAGGAUGACUUACCCGACUCACCAUAUGAUUUAUGGGUGAGGCAAGAUCAAUCAAUACAACAUGUAAUUCUGACUUCAGUGUCAGAAUCUAUCCACCCAUACGUCUCUAGUGCUGAGACGUCACAUGAAGCUUGGGUGAUUCUUGAAAGGCUUUAUGCAAAUAGCUCUCAUACAAGAGUAAAUGCAUUGAAAGAAAGGCUACAAAACCUUCGAUGUGAAGGUCGAGCAGUAGCAGAAUAUCUUCGUACCGCAAAAAUUCUGACUGAUCAGAUUGGAAACACAGAAAAGGUAUCUUUAAGCAACUCUGAUAUUCAAGUUUAUCUUCUUAAUGGUUUGGGAUGUGAAUACAGGGAAUUCAAGGCUUCAAUUCGAGCCCGUGAUAGACCCCCACUCACAAUUGCUUUUGUGCAUCCUUGCAUAGUUGGGAACCACAACAGCUAUGGUGGUUUCAGUGAUCGAAAUUCAGUAGGUGGUUAUCACAAUUCUAAAGGACUUCAGGAAUACUCAAACCGACCUUAUAGACCCAAUUCUGCAUCUGGCACCAACCAAUAUGUUCCAAUGGGCCGUGGAGGAGGCCGAGGACACUGUGGAGCUCGAGGAGGAAAAAAUAAUCGGAAUUCCUUGAACAGGUAUAAUAAUCGCAAUACUAAUGCCUGUCAAUUGUGCAACAAUUUUGGACAUUUUGCUAGGGACUGUCCAGAGCUCAAAAAUCAUGCCCGUGUUGCCAACUUUGCUACAACUUCCACUUCGAAAAAGGGUGAUUGGUGGAUAGAUUUUGGAGCCUCUGAUCAUGUUACUCCAGACUUGGCAAACCUAGCACUUCACUCAGAAUAUGACAGGCCUGAUGAACUGCUAAUUGGUGAUGGAUCAGGUACUCUAUUGAUCACCUUGGGUAUAAAUGUUUUGAUCCUUCUACUGGCAAAAUUUUUAUUUCUCGGCAUGUUGUUUUCAAUGAGCAUGAUUUCCUUUUCCACAAGCCUCCUCCCCUUACAGCCGAUACCACGGUGUCUCAGGCUCGUCCUUAAGCAGCAACCCCCAGUGUGUCCUCCUUGGAAAUUAAUCAGGUAUGCUCCCUCAAGUCUUCCCCUAGUUCUCAUUCGACCCAUGACCUUACCUCUUCACCCAUUCUCUUACCGGCCCACCACUCCACAACCCCACCAAUUCAACAUUGUUCUCCCUUACGGUCAAUUGCCCAAUCAUCUCCAUCCACCAAGCCUGACACAAACUCCAUGUCUCACCAACCUACUUCCACCUUGCCUUCAUCUCCUGCCACCAGCUCACAGCUUAUGCCCACCAAUGCUACCUCGCUUUCUCCCUCUUCCAGUGCCACCACUGACUCACCUCCAACCCCAUAGCCACCACCUAAUUGUGCUUUCUUUGGCACUUAAUCAGAAUUGGCCCAUUCGUCAACUUGAUUUCAACAAUGCUUUUCUCCAUGGGAAGCUCGAAGAAGAACUAUUUAUGGCCCAACCACCUGGUAACCCGAAGUUAGUUGAUUUGUUAAUCAAGUUAAUGGGAAACACCUUCUCUAUUAAAGAUCUUGGUGCUCUUAAUUAUUUCUUGGCUGUUAAUGCCAUUUUCACUCCUGCAGGCCUUUUUCUUUCACAGGCUCAGUACAUUCGUGAUUUACUGGAUAAAUUUGGCAUGGUUGAGGCUAAACUGGUUUCCUCUCCAAUGGCUACUGCUGCUUUUCAAUUGCACCAAGGUCUCAAACUUUCAGAUCCUUCUUCGUAUCGGAGUUUAGUGGGGUCUUUGCAAUAUCUUAAUCUUACUCGGCCGGAUAUUACCUUUGUUGUCAAUCGUCUUUCCCAGUUCCUUCAUGCUCCAUUUGAUGUGCAUAUGCAGGCUGCCAAGUGUAUCCUAUGUUAUCUCAGAGGGUCUGUCUUUCAUGGACUUCUACUCCGCCGGCAACUUCUGUCUCCUUUUCAUGCUUUUUCUGAUUCUGAUUGGGCCGGUGAUAAGGAUACCCUUCAGUCUACCACUGGCUUCCUUGUGUUCUUGGCUACUGCUUCCUCUAAGGUCAUUUGGGUCUGUAAUAUUCUUCGCGAACUGGGUCAUCCUGUCUCUUCUCCGCCUGCCAUAUACUGUGAUAAUAUUGGUGCCACUCAUCUUAGCAGCAAUCCCGUAAUGCAUACCCGCAUGAAGCACAUUGCCAUUGAUCUUCAUUUUGUGCGGGCGUAUAACGGAAACAAAUCCGGUCAUCAAUUCCAGCAAUCCCCACUCGUGAAUUACGGCAACACAAUCCCCGCUCGUGAAUUACGGCAACACAAUCCCCGCUCAUGAAUUAUGACAACAAGAUUCAUCUUGGCAACUAUAUAUUCUGUAUUAUAGCAACAUAUCAAUUACAGAUUAUAGCAGCAUAUCAGUUACCAAUUUAAAUCAUAUAUACUCCAUUAUUGUAUAUAUCUUUAGUUUCCUUGUGUAACUACAAACACUUGUAUAUAUUUGGUUCAGCAUUAUGAAUACAAAUCAUUGUUUUCCAGUUACAAAGCUUGUUCCAUUAUCAUCCACUUUUUCUUCAUCUCCCUGAUUAUCAAUUGCCCUGAUUCGCUUUUCACCAUCCUUUCCCUCUAAUGCACAAUUCGUUAAUAAGUUGCAACUUCUGUA